AUGCCUCCCCUUUUCAGCAGCUCCCUGCGCGCCAGCAGUCCCAUGCGCAACGGCGGAGUCGGCGGCAGCGCACAGUACGGCCAAUACGGUUUGUACUCCCAGCUCGCACAGCAGCAAUACCAGCAUCAGCACAGCGCAGCGGCCCAACACCACCAACACCAUCAGCAGCAGCAGGCACAGUCCGCCUCCGGCGUGCAGGUGCUGGUGCGUGUACGGCCGCCUCUGCCACGCGAACUCAUGUACGACAGCGGCGUGGAGGUACGGCCGCCGUACGACAUCAAGGUCUUCAACGACACGCAGGAAUUCAGCGGCCGCUAUCACCACGUGUUUGGUGAGGACACGGCACAGCUGGACGUGUACGAGAAGGUCCGCGACUGCGUGCCGUUGGCGCUCGACGGCUACAACAGCACCAUCUUUGCCUAUGGCCAGACGGGUACGGGCAAGACCUUCACCAUGAUGGGCGACGACCCCACCGCGGAGGGCGGUGCGGCUGCUGCAGCGCCCGGGGGCCCCGGCGGAGGCGGUCCGGGUGUGAUACCCCGGGCCGUCAAAGAGCUAUUCCGGGAGGCGAAGGGAAAGCAGGACGCGGAGGGUACGGCAAUCCAGGUGAUUGUGAGCUACAUGGAAAUUUACAACGACCGCCUCCACGACUUGCUGCAGCCGUACAAGCCACAGAACGCCAGGGACCCGGCUGAUGUGAAUAUGAGACGCGCGCUGUUGGAGGUUCGGGAGGAUGCCAAGGGCAACACCUUCGUACCCAACCUGCUGUGCGUCAAGUGGCCCAACGGGGGAGCUGACGGAACCGUCAUCCGCUCAAAACUUAAUUUUGUGGAUUUGGCGGGAAGUGAGCGCUGGAACACCGCCACCGCCGGCGGCUGGGACGGCGGAACGGAGCUGUACGGCGACGAGCGAGUCAAUGAGAUGACGGCAAUCAACGGGUCGUUGUCGGCGCUGGGCAGCGUCGUGGCGGCGCUGACGGAACGCCGUACACAUGUCCCGUACCGCGACUCCCGGUUGACGCACCUGCUGCAAGAUUCCUUGGGUGGCAAUUGCCGUACGACGGUGUUGGCGACGCUGUCGCCGUCCAUGGACGCGUUCGAGGAGAGUUGCUCGACGUUGCGGUUUGCGGACCGCGCGCGCGCCAUUGCCAACAAUCCCGUCGUCAACACGUCGCGCGAUGUCGGCUCCGUCCUGGCGCUGAAGGAGCGUGAGAUUCAGCGGCUGCGGAAUAUGCUCAGCAAGUUCACGGGUGGGGGCGACCCUGCUGCAGAGGGCGGUACGGCACCGCCGGGUGUGGAUGGGGUGGAUGCGGCGAAAUUGGCGGAGGAGCUCGAGCAGACGCGGAGGGCUCUAGAAAUGGAACGGGCGCUGCGGGCAGAGCUGCAGCAGCGUCUUCAUCACGCAAGCUCCGCCAGCGCCGGCGGGAUCGGCGUUGACGGCAGCGGCGGCGUUGACGGCAGCGGCGGCGGAGUCGUACUCGACGCCACGACGGUGCUGUCGCUCGGCACACCGCCGACUGCUUUUGACACUGCGGGCACGCCGCCGCCGCCACACCGCCCUGGCAGCAGCCUGCGCAGCAGCGCCGGCAGUGGCGGCAGCGCCGCUGGAGGGGGAGGUGGUAGCGGGGCCCGCGGCGCUGGCGGCCCUGGCGGCGGCAGCACCGCGGACUUCUUCCGCCUCUCCACACCCUCCACCCCUCUGAAUUCCGUGCCCGUCCAUCUUUCCAGUGGUGGGCCAGGCUCCCGCGGCCGUGCGACGUCGUCGCCGUCCUCCGCCGUACUAACACCCACACGCAUCGGCGGCGGCGGCCCGGCGACGCUGAGCCGCUCCCGUAGCAAUCUGCUCAGCAGCCACGGAGCACCCGGCAGCAGCGGAGGCGGCGGAGGCGGCGGGCCGUCACCGCCGCGGCGGCGCGCGGAAAUGCGGCGUCUGAGUUUCGACGAGGCCAUCAUGUCCAUUAAGUCUCAGAUUUUGAGCCUCACAUCGCAGGAGCGGGCCCGGUUCAGGGCACGACAGCCGCCGCCACAGCGCGGCAACUGGGGCGGCCUGCCGCCGCCGCCGGGUCCUGGCGCACAGCCGCCGCCGCCGCCACUGGCGUCGAGUACAUCAACUUCGACCGUGCCGCCAGCCCUAACGGUCCGAACGCGCGCCGCCAUCGGAAUUUACGGCAGCAGUGGCGGCGGCGCGGCGGUGCCACCGGCGGCGGCGCAGCGGCGGCCGCCGCCGCCGGGGCUGACUUUAGCGCCGGGAGUUGUCGGGUCGGCGUCGCUGGGCGGCGGCGGCAACUUGGCGCCGGUGCACAGUAUCGAAAUGACGGACAGCCCUACAGGCAGCGACCGACCCUCCCCGGGAUCGGUGGCCAACGACGCGUCGUCACAGCUCCGCUACUACCUCCAACAGCACCAACAUCAACAUCAACAACAACAUCAACAUCAACACAAGCAACAACAAUCCAUCAGCCCGGCACGUUCGGUGCAGCUACCUGAGGCGCACUCACACCCACACCCCCUAGGGCUCUCCACCCGCGAAGACGGCGCCGCCGCCAUCACCGCUGCUGCCGCCGGUGCGAAGUCCUCAUCGGUUAGUCCCAGCCAGACGCGCGGUACGGCAGCGACAACGGCUGCCGCCGCCUCCCGGAGUAGAGGUGACGGCAGUCCGCCGCGGCGGCGUAGUCCCAUACGUAGUCCGGGGCGGGGGGAGCUCGUGGCGGCGGAUUACGAGGAUGACUUUGACGAUGCUGAGCCCGAGGAUAAGGAGGGGUCGUCCGAGGUGAUGGAGGAGGAGGAGGAGGAGGUGAAGGUGGUCGGGGGGAAACGGAAAGACGCGGGCCCAGACAAGGCCAGUGAUGAAGAAGAAGAGGAGGAGGACGACGGGGAUGAUGAUGAGGAGGAGAUGGUAGAGGAGGAUGUCGAAUCCGAGGAGGAGGAGGACGGCAGACACCGCGGCCGUCGCGCUGGUGCUGAGAGGGGCACUUCGGCAGCGGUGGCCCGUCGCGGCGGCGGCAGUGACAGCGGCAAUGCCUCCGCCAGCGACGGCGGGCUGUCGCAGCUGGAUCCAGAAGAGUACGAGGAAAUCAUGCGGGAGGCCCGGGAGGCCCUGGCGGCGGCGAAGGCGGGAAAGACAGGCGAAGCUGCUGCGAAGGAGCCUGCGGUGGGAGCUCGCCAGGCAGCGCCGCCGGCGCCGGCGCUGGCUGGUGUUGCCGGCGGUCGAUCGGCGCUACAGCAGCCGUCCAGCGCGCCGGCGGCGGCUGGCGGCGGCGGUGCGGUGGUUAUUUCCGGUACCGGUUGGGGUCGCAACGCCCUGCUUAACAAGUUCACAGAUGGGGACGGCGGGCAUCCUAACGCCGCCGUCGCUGCCGCUGGCGGAGGUGGUUUUGGUCGUAGUAGCUUGAUAGUGGCCUCCACCGUCCCUGCGCCACUGUCGCCAUCGCUGUCGACGGCGAUGGCGGCGGCGGCGCCACCGGCGGCUGCAGCCGGGGGGGGCUGGGGUCGCAGGUCAAUCCUGGCAGCGGCGGCCGCGCCGCUGACGCCACCACCGCCCGCGCCGCCGCCGCCACCGUCGCAACCGGCCCAGCCGCCCUCCUCUGCCGACGCGGCAAGGUUCCGCCAACCCUCCGUCGGCGGGCGCCGCGCCCUCAUUGCUGAUCUCAUGGCGGAUGGUGAUGACGGUGGCGGCGGCGGCGGAGCGUACGGGCUCCACUCGUAUCGCGGCCGAUCGCCGCCGCGCAGCGGCGGCGGCGGCGGCUCCGGCGGCAAGAUCCGUUCUAGAUCUGUUGGCGGCAUCGGGCGGCCCAACGGCGGCAGCCGUGGCGGCGCCUCCGACCGCGUCGCCAAGCUGGACGCUGGCUCCUGGAUUUACAUUCUGGGCGCCUCCGCCAGCUCCACGCGCGCCAAGAACCUGGCGUCGGCCCUGCAGCUCGAUCCGCGUACGGGCCUGCCGGCGCUGUAG